AUGAGCUUCUCGUCCAUGAGCAAGCAGCAGGUGCUGGACGCCGGCGACGGGGCAGGGGAGGAGGUCAUGGAGCUCAUCCCCGGCCUGCCGGAGGAGGUGGCCGAGAAGUGCCUCCUCCACCUGCCCUUCCUCUACCACCGCCUCUUCCGCACCGUCUCCUCCACCUGGAACCGCUUCCUCACCGACGCUCCGGCCAACCCGCUGCUGUUCCCUCCCGCCGCCGCGGGGCCUGGGGCGGGGACCGCGGCCACGGGGUCGGUGUCCUUCUCCCUGCCCUUCCUCUUCGCCUUAGCGUUUGACCCCGUGUCGCGGCGCCUGCAGUGCCAGGCGCUCGACCCUUUCUCGAGGAGGUGGCUGCUGCUCCCGCCGGUGCCCGGCGGCGGCGCCGCGGCCGGGUCGUUCGCGGUGGUGGGGCUCCCCCGCCGCGGCGAGAUCUACGUGAUCGGGGGCGUCGAGGAAGGCGGCAGCGACAAGGCGGUGACGAGCGUGGCGGUGUACAGCGCCGCGCGGAACGGGUGGGAGGAGGCUGCGUCGAUGCGGACGCCCCGCGGGUACAUGGCGGCCGGCGAGGUGGGAGGGCGGGUGGUGGUGGCCGGGGAGGACGGCGAGGCCGAGGUGUUCGACCCGGAGGCACGGCGGUGGUACCCCGCCGCGCCGCGCCGGGGCGCGGCCGUGGCGCGGUACGACGCGGCGGCGGCGGGUGGGAAGCUGUACGUGACGGAGGGGUGGGCGUGGCCGUUCGAGCGCGCGCCGCGCGGCGCCGUGUACGACGCCGCCGCGGACUCGUGGUGCGAGAUGGCGCGCGGGAUGCGGGAAGGGUGGACGGGCUCCUGCGCCGUGGCGGGGGGCCGGAUGUACAUCGUGGCGGAGUACGGGGAGUGGCGGCUGAAGCGGUACGACGACGCCCGGGACGAGUGGCGGAUGGUGGCCGGCAGCGGGGUGCCCCCCGACGUGCGCCGGCCGCACGUCGUCGCCGGUGAGGUCAGGGAGGUCGCCGGCGGGAGGAGGAGGAUCUACGUCGUCGGCGCCGGGCUCGACGUCGCCGUCGGCACUGUUUCUGCCGCCGCCUCCGCUUCCGCCACCGCCGCGGCACCCGGCGUCCACGGCGUCGAGGAGGAAGUGGUGGAGUGGGAGGUGGUCAAGGGCCCCGCCGAGUUCGCCGGGCUCGCGCCCUGCAACGCGCAGGUCCUGUACGCAUGA